UUGACUGUACCGGUGGCACCACCUCGGGCCGACCUGGCCAGUAGUAGUAGAGGUUUCCCUAAGCCCAAGCUGAGAGCAUGGCGGUCGAAGAAGUUGGCUGACUCGAGGGUCCCCUUGGCACAGAGGAAGCCCACAGUAGCAGCGACGGGGGAGGAUGUGAAUGAGAGGACUGUGUUGGGCAUGACCAAGGAGGAACGGGAGGAAACGAUGGCUGAG